GCGUCACCCGGCUGCGUACAGCGAGGACCGGGCAACUAAGCGGAUUCGGAUAGGAAGGUGAGAAUCUUGAGAGAAAUCGGUUUGGCAGCGGUUGGGGAAACACAAAUCAAUGAGAGCCAAAAGCUAUUCAUAUGAGCUUGUGGGAGCUGUCCUCACAGGUCGUCCAGCUGCCCCUGCCUGCCACACACCCCCAACCAUGGUGCCUGCCAACCUCAGGAGUUCACUUCGCCGCAGCUCCUCACCUGUGAGUGUAACAUUAACGCCCUCCAGGCCCACGUGCAGACCGACGUGGGCUCGGACGCGUGCCGCACUGAAGGCCUUGUAGGAUGUAUUGGUGCUAACUCUGCCCACUGACCAUUCUGCGCUGAAGUGUACCGCUGUGGGGAGAGGCAAACCGUGGGGGAGGGGAAAGGUUAGGGAGAAGAUUGGGCAGAUGGGAUUGGGAGCGUGGUGAUGGGAGUUGGGACACUGCACAGAGAUGGGGGGGGGGUCUAGGAGUCCAAAGGGAUAUACACGGUAAGGGUGGAAGAGUGGGCACUAGAAAGAGCCUACUAGAAAGAGAAUGGGAAGAGGGAGCGGGAACCCAUUCCCAGUUCUCCAUUUUCCCAGGUGCCCUCUGGCCACCUCCUUCCUCACCCCAGGUCCCCUCCCCCUCCGCUGCAUCACACACUCACCCACAAUUUCUGCUCCUAUGAACAGGCUGAGGAGAACUCUCACCAACCAGAACCAGCGCUGCAGGAACAGGAACCUGGUCAGGACUGGGUACUGCCCAACCAGAGUCCCCAAGCUCUCCCUUGAACCCAUGCCAGCCGGGCCUUUAGUGCUUCUGCAACUUCUCUCUCUUGCCCACUUUCCCCCAGUUACAUUCCUGACCUUUAAAGGCUGAAGUCAAGUCAUGCAAGUCCCUCUGAGCCACUGGCAUUUCUAAUGUUUUCUGGCUGCAUGCUUCUGCCUCCCAGCCCCAUUUCCCAGUCCACCCUGCAACUGGGCUGUCUCUACCUGGUGCUCUCCCACCACCUUCAUCCCCUUUCCUCUCCAGCUAUCUGACUCCUAGUCCUGGUCCCACCUCCUGCUUGGGUCACUGCCAUGAUGAGGCUCAGUGAGUCCAGAAGUGCUAGGCAGGCAGCGGUCACCUCCCUCAGGAGAGGGAGGCCUCAAGGUCUGGUCACCAAGUAGAGGAGGUGCGAACACAACCUCUCAGAUAUUACUAGGUGUGCCAGUUUCCCAGAAAACCAACACAAGACUCAGGGAGGCUAGGUCCUCCUAGACUUGAAAAACAGACAACUUAGGUUCUGGGAGAGGAGGGAAUCUAAGAAAAAGUGCCCAGUCUGCUACAACUUCGAAGAAAUUUCUGUGGAGAAAUCUCUGUCGUUAGGAUGGGGGCUCCCACACACAUGACUCAACCCAGUGCACAGGUGAAACACAGCAGUAUGAGUUGCUGGUUUCUGUCCUCUUGGCCAGAAGGUCGUCACCUGAGGUCGGGAUGGGAGUGGGAUGGGAGUGGAGGUGCAGCCUGAGGAGAGGCAGGAGACCCCUGCAGCACGUGAAGACUAGAACUGGCCCCAGGAUUACUGGACUGGGCUCCCACUCUCUGCAGCAGCCUCCUGAAUGUUCCAGCUGGGGUCAGCCUCUGGAUGUCUUGUAUGGGACCUCUCCCUAACCUUGGGAAGGGGUGCUUGCUGGGCCAGACUUCUGGCUAUGCUCCACCUGUCUGGUUCAGUGCUUCAGUUUGACUAUUCAUGGAAGAUAUUGCCGCCGUCUUAACUGUCCUGUCCUCCAGAGACAUGCUGUCCAUGACGCCCUCCACCCCCAGACCCAAGCUUCUAGUACCCCCUUACCGAGUGGCCACGAAUCCCGGGUAAGAUGAGUAGGAAGCUGGCAGCCAAGGCCAAGAACACCAGAAUGACAAUGAGUAGCGGGACGCUGACGCCGGCGGCAUGCCGGGGCUGAGGGUAGAAGGGCAGCACACCGUUCCACAGAGUCAUGCUGCAACCCGGCCGAGCUGGGUCUGUUCCAGCGGGGAGAGCGGUCACUGGCGUCCGAGCCCGGAUCCCACUUCCCUUUACCCCGUUCCCUGCGUGCGAGGACUGGACCCAAUGGACAAGUCAAGUCUGAGCGCCUCGGCUCGCCCCUGAGGAAGCGCAGCAGCUAGCUGCCCUCAGGCUCUCUGGGUUGGCCGGGACGGAGUUAGGUAGGUGGGAGAGCGGGCUCCGCGUGUUCACUCUGCGUUUGGAAGUCGCACAGGACCUGAAAUCCUUUUUAUAGCAGCCUGGGCAGCGUGACGAGCCGUGUCGGGGCUUUGCAGCCAGGUCCCAGAGGGAAGAGAUCAUGCAAACGAGAGGCGGAGGUCGCUAUGCAAAUGAGAGGAGCCCCGCCUGCAUAGCAAGAGGGAGAAGCAGUUCCUGAGGGGUAGGAUUCAAGGCUUUGUUCGGGACCUGGAAGGCUGGAGGGUCAGCAUGCUCCGCGCAAGGCCAGAGGCACUGGUGCUCCUGGGAGCUCUGCUGACUGCACUCCUGGACCCAGCGGGCGGCCAGGACUCACUGUCGCUGACCUGGGAAGUGCAGCGCUAUGACGGCUGGUUCAACAACCUGAGGCACCACGAGCGUGGCGCUGCCGGCUCCCGACUGCGGCGCCUUGUACCAGCUAAUUAUGCGGACGGCGUGUAUCAGGCUCUGGGGGAGCCGCUGCUGCCCAACCCGCGCCGACUCAGCAACGCCACCAUGCGGGGCACAGCCGGGCGGCCAUCCGGCCGCAAUCGCACAGUGCUGGGGGUCUUCUUCGGCUACCACGUGCUCUCGGACCUGGUGAGCGUGGAAAAGCCUGGCUGCCCGGCCGAGUUCCUCAACAUCCACAUCCCGCCCGGAGACCCCGUGUUCGAUCGCGACCAGAGCAGGGACGUGGUGCUGCCCUUCCAGAGGAGCCGCUGGGACCCCGAGACCGGACAGAGCCCCAGCAACCCCCGGGACCUGACCAACGAGGUGACGGGCUGGCUGGACGGCAGCGCCAUCUAUGGCUCCUCGCACUCCUGGAGCGACGAGCUGCGGAGCUUCUCCGGGGGGCAGCUGGAGUCGGGGCCCGACCCCGCCUUCCCCCGGAACGCGCAGGACCCGCUGCGUAUGUGGACGGCGCCCGACCCCGCCACGGGACGGCGCGGGCCCCGGGGGCUGUACGCCUUCGGGGCGGAGCGAGGGAACCGCGAGCCCUUCCUGCAGGCGCUGGGCCUGCUCUGGUUCCGCUACCACAACCUGUGGGCGCAGAGGCUGGCCCGCCAGUACCCGCUCUGGGGGGACGAGGAGCUGUUCCAGCACGCGCGCAAGAGGGUCAUCGCCACCUACCAGAACAUCGCGAUGUAUGAGUGGCUGCCCAGCUUCCUGCAGCAAGCACCGCCGAAUUACACAGAGUACCGCCCUUUCCUGGACCCCAGCAUCUCUCCGGAGUUCCUGGCAGCCUCUGAGCAGUUCUUCUCCACCAUGGUGCCUCCUGGCGUCUACAUGAGAAACACCAGCUGUCAUUUCCAGAUGGUCCUGAAUGAGGGUUUUGGCAGCUCCCCUGCUCUCAGAGUCUGCAACAGCUACUGGAUUCGGGAGAACCCCAAUCUGAACAGUGCCGAGGCAGUGAAUCAGCUGCUGCUGGGAAUGGCCUCCCAGAUUUCGGAGCUGGAGGACAGGAUAGUGGUUGAAGAUCUGAGGGAUUACUGGCCUGGCCCUGGCAAGUUCUCCCGCACUGACUAUGUGGCCAGCAGCAUCCAACGUGGCCGAGAUAUGGGGCUGCCCAGCUAUAGCCAAGCCCGACAGGCCUUGGGGCUGAUGACCCCAGAGAACUGGAGUGACCUCAACCCCAACGUGGACCCUCAGGUGCUGGAGGCCACAGCCGCCCUGUACAACCAGGACCUGUCCCAGCUGGAGCUACUCCCCGGGGGGCUCCUGGAGAGCCAUGGGGACCCUGGACCCCUCUUCAGCGCCAUCGUCCUCGAUCAGUUUGUGCGACUGCGGGAUGGCGACCGCUACUGGUUUGAGAACAGCAGGAAUGGGCUAUUCUCCACGGAGGAAAUUGCAGAAAUCAGAAACACCACUCUUCGGGACGUGCUGGUGGCUGUCACCAGAGUGAACCAUGGUGCCCUGCAGCCCAAUGUCUUUAUUUGGCAACAAGGUGCACCCUGCCCUCAGCCCCGGCAGCUCACAAGUGAAGACUUGCCCCCCUGUGUGCCCCUGACUGUGACUGAUUUCUUCGAGGGCAGUGGUCCUGGUUUUGGCAUCACCAUCGUGGCUCUGUGCUGUCUCCCACUAGUGAGCCUGCUUAUCUCUGGGGUGGUGGCCUAUUUCCGGGGCCAAGAGCGCAAGAAGCUACAAAAGAAAGGCAGAGAGAGUGUGAAGAAGGAAGCAGCCGAAGAUGGAGUGUCAGCGAUGGAGUGGCCGGGACCCAGGGAGAGGGGCUAUCCCAUCACCAUCCAGCUGCUCCCAGACAGGCGUCUGCAGGUCCUGGACAGGCGUCUCUCUGUGCUCCGCACCGUCCAGCUGCGGCCCCCGCAGCAGGUCCACCUCAUCCUGUCCAGCAACCGCGGACGCCGCACCCUGCUGCUCAAGAUCCCCAAGGAGUAUGACCUGGUGAUGCUGUUUAACUCGGAGGAAGAGCGAGGCACCUUCGUGCAGCAUCUGCAGGGCUUCUGUGUGAGCUGGGCUCUGGGCCUUGAUGUGGCUGAGAUGAGUGAGCCUGAGCUGUUCAGGAAGGCUGUGACCAAGCAGCAGCGGGGCCGCAUCCUGGAGGUCUUCUUCAGACACCUCUUUGCCCAGGUGCUGGACAUCCACCAGGCAGACGCAGGGACCCUGCCCCUGGACUCGUCACAGAAGGUGUGGGAGGCCCUGACAUGUGAGCUGAGCCGGGCCGAGUUUGCUGAGUCCCUGGGCCUCAAGCCCCAGGACAUGUUUGUGGAGUCCAUGUUUUCUCUGGCCGACAAGGACGGCAAUGGCUACCUGUCCUUCCGGGAGUUCCUGGACGUCCUGGUGGUCUUCAUGAAAGGCUCCCCAGAGGACAAGUCCCGCUUGAUGUUCACCAUGUAUGACCUUGAUGGGAAUGGCUUCCUCUCCAAGGACGAGUUCUUUACCAUGAUGCGGUCCUUCAUCGAGAUCUCCAACAACUGCCUGUCCAAGGCCCAGCUGGCCGAGGUGGUGGAGUCCAUGUUCCGGGAGUCGGGCUUCCAGGACAAGCAGGAGCUGACGUGGGAGGACUUCCACUUCAUGCUGCGGGACCACGACAACGAGCUCCGCCGCACCCAGCUCUGCGUCAAGGGUGGAGGUGGAGGUAUUGGAGACAUUCUUAAACCAAACGUCAGCUGUCGAGUGUCAUUCAUCACUCGGACUUCUGGGGAACGUUUUUGCCCUCAGGGAGUGGGGCUCCCUGUCUCAGAAGCCCCAGAGUUGGGAGGCCCUGGGCUGAAGAAGAGGUUUGGCAAAAAGGCAGUGGUACCCCCUCCCCGGCUAUACACAGAGGCGCUGCAGGAGAAGAUGCAGCGGGGCUUCCUGGCCCAGAAGCUGCAGCAGUACAAGCGCUUCGUGGAGAACUACCGGCGGCACAUCGUGGCCGUGGCAAUCUUCUCAGCCAUCUGUGCCGGCCUGUUUGUGGAGCGUGCUUACUACUAUGCCUUUGCCUCGCCACCCUCGGGCAUUGCAGAGACCACCCUCGUGGGCAUCAUCCUGUCGCGGGGCACGGCGGCCAGCGUCUCCUUCAUGUUCUCCUACAUCCUGCUCACCAUGUGCCGCAACCUCAUCACCUUCCUGCGAGAGACCUUCCUCAACCGCUACGUGCCCUUCGACGCCGCCGUGGACUUCCAUCGCUGGAUCGCCAUGGCUGCUGUCGUCCUGGCCAUUUUGCACAGUGCUGGCCACGCGGUGAAUGUCUACAUCUUCUCAGUCAGCCCCCUCAGCCUGCUGGCCUGCAUCUUCCCCAGCGUCUUUGUGAAUGAUGGGUCCAAGCUUCCCCAGAAGUUCUACUGGUGGUUCUUCCAGACGGUCCCAGGUAUGACAGGGGUGCUCCUGCUCCUGGUUCUCGCCAUCAUGUACAUCUUCGCCUCCCACCACUUCCGGCGCCGCAGCUUCCGGGGCUUCUGGUUGACCCACCACCUCUACAUCCUGCUCUACGUGCUGCUCAUCAUUCACGGCAGCUUCGCUCUGAUCCAACUGCCCCGUUUCCACAUCUACUUCCUGGUGCCAGCACUUAUCUAUGUGGGGGAUAAGCUGGUGAGCCUGAGCCGGAAGAAGGUGGAGAUAGGCGUGGUGAAAGCAGAACUGCUGCCUUCAGGAGUGACCCACCUCGAGUUCCAGCGGCCCCAAGGCUUUGAGUACAAGUCAGGACAGUGGGUGCGGAUCGCCUGCCUGGCUCUGGGGACCAACGAGUACCACCCCUUCACCCUGACUUCUGCGCCCCACGAGGACACGCUUAGCCUGCACAUCCGGGCAGUAGGACCCUGGACCACCCGCCUCAGGGAGAUCUACUCACCCCCGACGGGUGACAGCUGUGCCAAACAUCCAAAGCUGUACCUCGAUGGACCAUUUGGAGAGGGCCACCAGGAGUGGCAUAAGUUUGAGGUGUCCGUGCUGGUGGGAGGGGGCAUUGGGGUCACCCCCUUUGCCUCCAUCCUCAAAGACUUGGUCUUCAAGUCAUCCUUAGGCAGCCAAAUGCUCUGUAAAAAGUUAUGUGUCCCCAGAUCUACUUCAUCUGGGUGACACGGACCCAGCGGCAGUUUGAAUGGCUGGCUGACAUCAUCCGGGAGGUGGAGGAGAAUGACCACCAGGACCUGGUGUCCGUGCACAUCUACAUCACCCAGCUGGCUGAGAAGUUUGACCUCAGG